CCAGAAACUCGAGCUUCCUGCUACAUUGUGAUCUCUUCUCUAGCUUCCUGUGCUCAUUUCCGAAUUUUAGCAUGGGUAAGAAAAGCAAGAAUAAUGUGCAAGCAGCAUACAGUCUGCUGAUGAAAAAUAGAGGAUGAACCGUAAAAUGUUAGUUAUCACAUUCGCUAUUUGCUUUGCACAAUGAAGACGCGCGAGAUGUCGCAGCACGCGGGUCAGUGUGGAUAUGUGUGCGCUUCUCAUAUAAAGCAGGGCUUGUUAUGAUCACUGACUGCAGAGGUCUUUCGCUUGCAUGCUCUAUAUUUGGAGGAAAUGACUCAGAUGGUCAAAUGAGAGUUUCCUCAAAUAUGUGAAUGUAGGUUAAAGCUUUUCUGUAAUUGGGACAGAAGCACCGCAUCUACAAACGUUCCUAGGUCAUCCAUUCUGUCUAUAUUUUUAAGCAUUUUUAAUGGACUGUGGUAAACUAGGCUGGAUCAGACAUGGAAUCUGGCCAUCUUGCUUUCUUCCUGGAUGGCAUCAGUUGACACAGAGGAAGACAUCAGCGAAACAUUAUCCGGCUUGAGAUCUUUGAAAUGAUGCUACUUUCAGCAUCCACAUCCCGUCUGCUGUCCACAUUGAUUCAUUCAUACUGGAAUGUUAAUGUAUAGGAUUUUAGGGAUUGGACAAAUCUGUAACAGUCAAUGUUUUUUUAUUCUCUGCCCAAUCACUUUUAUUGUCAUAAUAGUUUACCCAUAAGAGCCAUAAUGCGUAUCACUUUUUGCCAGGCUCUGUUAACUGGGGCAAUAGUGUUGAACUUGCUCAUCCUAUAUUACGUCUCACGGACUCAGCAGCAGAUGAUGGAAAAGCGUCGAGAGCAUGGAAAAGGCUUGAAGAAAGCCUCAUUGCCUGUUUCAGGCCUGGGAGCGAUGGGUAGUCUGGUGGGUGGGGGUAUGGUUGGAGGCGUUAAAGUGGGAGGCCUCGAGGGCAACGCUCGAGCUCCCCGGGUGACGAUCCUCGUACGCGAGUUUGAAGACUUUGAGAACUACGUCGCUGAAGUGGCACGCUCCUUUCUGCGCCAGAGACCCGAGUUACCCUUCUUGGCUGUGGCGGAUACCCCUCCGUACCCACCUCUGGCACUUCCCGAGGGAGCACGCCUCCUGGUGCUGUCCCCAAGUCCCGACCAGCCUCCGCAAGCCCACCGUCCAGAAUUCAACGUGCAGACGGAGUUCGCUUUGUUGGUUCCAGAUGGUGUGGAGCUCGACCACGGCCGACAAGUGGAGCGGCUCAUCAGGGAGCUCGAGGGGGAGGGUGGCGGUCCAGUCCGUAUGGUGGCCGCCCCCGUGCUGACCCGCUCUGCGGUGCAGUGCCUGCACCUGCGGGUAAAUCUGCGGGAAUGGACAGCAACCUACACCCCUGCAGCUUCGGGGAGCAGCGGUAGCGUCUGCACGGCCCUGCAGGGAGAUGCUGUUGUUCUUAUUCGCACGGAGGACCUAUUUAAUCUUUCUGUACCUUUGGGUCGCCCCCUGAUGUCUUCCUUGUUUGUACAGACCUCCCUGCGAGGCUGGAAAGUCAAGCUGCUGGAGGGACCGUCCUUCUCGGCAAGCCAUCGGCCACUGUUUAGCUCGGCACACAACCAGUGGAAGGCUGACAGUCGCCUGAAAGACGCCACCAAUCACCUCAUGCGCAGCUUCGGCGUAAAACGCGUGGUGUUGCCCGACGGACGAGAUCAGUGGUUCGGUUGCACCAAGGAGACGCCGCGAUGCUUCGGUACGGUGCGAGACGACACGCCUGAAUACCUCUAUUUGGAGCGCUGGACUCCACCUUGUUGUUUGCGAGCCCUCAGAGAGACCACUAAAUAUGUCGUCAACAUUCUGGAGAGUUCUGGUGUGCGUUACUGGUUGGAAGGGGGAUCUUUGCUCGGAGUGGCUCGACACCAAGAUGUAAUCCCCUGGGACUACGACGUGGAUUUGGGCAUCUACUUGGAGGAUGUUCCAAAUUGCGACUACUUAAAAAAUUUGGACUCUGGAUCGCUGGUGGACGCCAACGGCUACGUGUGGGAGCGAGCAGUAGAGGGCGACUUCUACCGCGUGCAGUACAGUGAAGCUAACCAUCUCCAUGUGGAUUUGUGGCCCUUCUACCCUCGCAACGGAGUCAUGACCAGGGACACCUGGACUGAGCACAAACAAGACGUCGAGUUCCCUGAGCAUUUCCUGCAACCGCUGGUGCCAAUGCAGUUUGCUGGCAUCACUGCUUACGGUCCUAACAACCACCGUGCCUUUUUGGAGCUCAAGUUUGGGGAGGGGGUUAUCGAGAACCCUCAGUAUCCCAACCCUGCCAAGAAAAAGCUGGACAGGAGUCGCACAGUCGGAUCGUAGCAGGCGGAUAUGUUUAGGAUGACACAGUCAUGCAACACUGAAUUUAGGACUCCAAUGAAAUCUUUUUAUGUUAUAGACUUUGUAGAGCAUCACUGCUAGAAUGAAUGUCUUCGAUUCUGUCUGAACACAUCUGUGAAUGUUUGCGUUUAAUGGCAGUUUUAUUUAUUGUGCGUGUGUGUGUUUGGUUUAGGAAGUAAUUUCUAAACGUAUGUGCAAAUGCAAAUAAAAUCAGUUCUUCAAAUAAUAAAUAUGUGAUAUUUAACACUGCAGUGUGCCACAAUGACAUUAUACAACAAACAUUGCAACAAUUUUAAAGGUUUGCAUCACUAAUCGCAUCAUCACAUCAUUUUGCUGCCAUAUGGAAAUAAGUGUUGCACUGUAGAACUCAAAAGUCUGUUCACAGGGUGGGCCAAGUUACAGUUUGGCUUUGUGAAAUGUGCCAUUUAAUAAGAAACUGAGAAACUAAAUUAAAACGAACUUUAAAGACUACAGAUUUUCAACAUCAAUGGUAUAAUGAUUGAUAUUAUACCAAGUGAACAUUGUUAUGUAGGGCUUUUGCGCUCAAGUCUGGUGACGUAGGUGUAUUCUGUUGUUAAAAAAAUUACAUUGUGUUUUUAAAUCUAAAAUAUUACGGCAUUAUGGUUCUGACUCGUAAAAGCUUUUGAAAAGAAUCAAAUUCUUUAUGCACAUAUUCACUUUAUUAUUGAUAUUUGCACAAAAUAGCCUUGUAUUGUUUACUGUAUUAAUACUUUGGAAAUUCCACAAAAAAUGUAUGGCCUAUGAAUUUUGUCUUUAAUACACCAUAAUAUGGUCAAACAUUAAUGAAGUUUACUGUUUUCAGUAUAAAUGUGUUUGAGAGAGGUUUUGAUUAAUAGUAUCUGAACAUCUGUGUUUAUAUAUACUAUAGUCUAGUGUAAAUAGAGAUUGUAACAGAAUCAUGUAUGGCCAUCAAAUAUUCAAACCAGCAACAUGACCACAGAACAAAUAUUUUCUGUACCACUUAUUGUUUUGUCUUAACAUGUCAGUGUAUGUAAUGUAUGUGACAAUAAACCACCACACA